CUGGAACCUCAGAACCUGGGCAUUCUCCAAUUGCUGUGGCAACCACAGAUCUGUUUGGGUGUUGAGGGAGUGAGGUUAAAGGGUUAGGAGGAGCUGAGCACAUGGGGGAACUUGGUGAACACCGAGCCAGUUUGCUCAACAACUUUGUCCUGGAAGCCAAGGCUUCUGGUGCGUCAGGGCAUGGUCAGAGUGAUACUCUGGGCAGUGGCAAUAUGGGCCUCCAGAGUACAACAUUUGAGAGCCCUUGGCUUCAGAGUUCCCAGGCUACUCAUGCAGGGCUAGCCUCAGAAGACACAGAGGAAGAUGUUCCCCCAGAGGAGGUACCUGGGGAAGAGCUCCUUGAAAUUCCCAAUCUGGAUGAUAGACUUCGACGAGAGUUGGAGGUGGAAGUGGUUGAAAUGAGCCAGCUGUCCAUCUCUGAGCCGACUCCCAGCAUCUCCAUAGCCAGGGGCAGGAGAAAGAAGAGCCGGAGGCUGAUGGAGCUGGCAAAGCCCAAGACCAACUGGCAAUGCCUGAGAGACAGGACGGGGUGCUGUUGUAAGGGCUAUGCCUGGAUUUCCCCACACAAGAGCAACUUGCAGUUUUGCCUGUAUUGGCCUUCUGUAUACUGGACCGAGCGAUUUAUGGAGGACACCACCUUGACCAUCACGGUCCCUGCGGUGUCCCGCCGAGUGGAGGAGCUGUCAAGGCCCAAGAGGUUCUACCUCGAGUAUUACAACAACAACAGGACCACACCCAUCUGGCCCAUCCCUCGGUCCACUUUGGAGUAUCAACCUUCUAACCGGCUGAAGCAACUGGCUACUCCAAAGGUUCGCAAUAACAUCUGGAGCAUCGAUAUGUCUGAGAUUUCCCAGGUAUCCAGAGCAGCCCAAACGGCAGUCCCCACCCCACGGACCCUUAACCUGGCAAAGCCCAGGCCCCCAGCCAUCCUGAUGGAAGAGUGGGACCCUAUGCCGAAGCCCAAGCCUCACGUGUCGGAUCAUAACCGCCUCCUUCAGUUGGCAACACCCAAGGCCCUGUCAGAAAAAUGUGUUCCUGAUCGCAAUCCUCAGUGGGAGAUCCUGGAUGUCACCAAGAAAGCAGUGGCCAGUUCACGGAUCAUCUCUCUUGCCCAGCCCAAAAUACGAAAGGAUCUCAACGAGGGCUAUAACCCAUACUAUAUCUCCCCGGCCUCUCUGGUGGCCCAGGCUUCUCCCCGAAUAUUUGAGCUUGCGACCCCCAAAUAUAUCACCAAGAAAGUGUGA